GUGGUAACAAUCGUUCGCCAGUUCAAUCCACCAGUAGAACCCGUUUGGGGCGUCAUAAAGCUUGUGACCGGUGUCGGACUCGUCAUAUACGAUGCAAAGGAGGCUCAGGUGGCAAUUCUUGCCAUGGUUGCCGGCGGGCAAAUGAGCCAUGCACAAGCUGCAAGGAUAGCAUGUUCCGCUUUGUUGAGUACACCUCUGCAGAGAACGAUUCGGGGGAUCAUCAAAUCCAGCCUAGCCUUCCGGCAAGCAACAUUACUUUUAUUAGCGAGAACAAUGCAGACUUUGACAACAAUGGUCAAUCCAACAGCAGGCCAGCGGAACAUAGCGACUAUCAGCAGUCGUUCCAAUAUUCUCCUUCACAGGUACCGACAUCAUACCCCGUCGGGUCACAAUCUCUCCUUUCGCCCUUAAAAAGUGAAUAUGAGGCGUCUCUUUUCAAAUACUUCAUGACGUCCCUCUCUCCUUGGUUUGACUACUGCGACCCGAAGCGGCAUUUUUAUACAUACAUCGCCAGCUCUGCGUCUAGUAAUCCUAUCCUUUUGUAUGCCGUCCUAACAGUGGCUGCUAGACAUCAGCGAUCGCAUUCAGAGCGCGAGCAAUCUAUUGCGGAUGAAUACCAACAAUACUGUCUUGAAUCAUUGAUAUCCGCCCUUGAUGACUCUCAGAAGACAUUAGAUGAGUCACUUUUUGCAUCGGCAGUAAUUCUUCGUCUCUCUGAAGAAAUGACAGAGCCUUCUCCCAGGGAAGUCGUAGACUCCCACACCCUAUCUGCCCAUAUCCUUGUUCGAAUCAAAGAAGGAAAUAUCUGCACAUCAAGCUUCACAGAUGCAGCCUUGAUCGUGGUCUUGCGACAAGAGAUCUUCGUCGCUAACUUGACACAACGGCCGGUGGGGUCUUUCACUGAUCACUGCAAUAUCGACACGUCACUGGGUCCGACUUCUGAAUCAAUGUGGACGUACCGGAUCAUCGCCCACGCGGCCAAGAUAACCGACUUUGUGUAUGGGGACGUCAUGUUCAGGACCAAGGAUCGCUGGAACGAUCUUAUGCAGUACGUCCAGGGCUGGGAAGACAGCAGGCCGAAUUCCUUCAUGCCGAUUUAUAGCGAAACGAAGAAUCCACCAUCUAGUUGCUUCCCUAAGAUCUGGUAUUGUAACGACUGUCACGUCGCGGCCCGUCUGUAUUUGGAACUAUGCCGCAUCCUCCUCUUGGCGUCUGAUCCAGAUGCCACAGCACUUCGAAUUGGGCGAUUGCGUCGUAUGCAAGAUAAUGAUGACAAGAUACGGGAGUGCGUUCGAGUCAUAUGUGGGGUUGCUCUCACAAAUCCUGAGUUCCAUACUACCCGAUCUAUUGCAGGCUUGGCGAUUGGGUUAUGCGGCGAACUAUUCCAUGACCCGAGGGAAACAAAGGUUCUCUUGGAUUUGUUAUCCGCCGCAGAAUUACAUCUCGGGUGGCCUUGUUUGAAGUUGAAGGAAGAUUUGCGGAGGUUUUGGAGGCUACCCGUGGUUGAAUCCUAACAUUUGCUGUGCAUGGAGUGCGAGAUCUCACUACGUAUCGGCUAGAGCUGAUCUUCUAUCUAGUAGGGCUUCUAUCGCCCUGGCUCGGGUCUUUAUAGAUGACUGAACAUAUAACUUUCAAUUCACUCUGGAUGAGGAAUAUUAGGGAGUUUUC